AUGAAGGGGACCAGCACCCUCCUCCUGGCGACGCUCGCCCUACUCUGCGCCUGCGGGCUGGCCACAGGACAGGACACCAAUGACUUUUUCAUGGACUUCCUGCAAACGCUGCUGGUGGGGACCUCAGAGGAGCUCUACGAGGGGCCCCUGGGCAAGUUUGACAUCAACGACGAAGCCAGGGCUGCGCUGACCGAGCUCAAGUCCUGCAUCGACGGCCUGCAGCCCAUGCACAAGGCAGAGCUGGUCAAGCUGCUGGUGCAAGUGCUGGGCACCCUGGAUAGCUCCUAG